AUGGCGUACCACCAACAACAACAAUCCCGCUACGGCCAGUGCGACUCCUACUUUGUAGAGUCACACGACGAUGGCAUCUAUGCCAUGCGAGCUGAGGCAAGAGAACGCCACCGAGCUGUAUCCAAGAUGCAACAACGAGCCAUUGCCGAAGAGCUAUCAAGGAUGACCGCUGAUGAAUACCAAGAAGACAUCAUGCAACACAUGAUCCAUAUGGAAGGACAAACCCUACCAGACGUCAACUCCAUUGACAUCCAGACCGAGAUCCAGUGGUUCAUGCGCCCCUACCUCCUCGACUUCUUGGUUGAAGCCCACGCUGCCUUCCAGCUGUUGCCCGAGACCCUCUUCCUGGCGGUCAACCUCCUCGACCGCUACUGCUCCCGCCGCGUUGUCUACAAGCGUCACUACCAGCUCGUUGGCUGCGCAGCCCUCCUCAUUGCCGCCAAGUACGGUGACAAGAAGGACCGCGUACCCACCGUACGGGAGUUGAAGUCGAUGUGCUGCUCUCUCUACGAUGACGAGAUGUUCACUCAGAUGGAAUGGCACGUUCUGCAAACCCUGAACUGGAUGAUCGGCCACACCACAGUCGACGCAUUCCUCCAGAUCGCUCUCUCAGAAGCCCCAUACGAUGCCGAAGUUGAGCACAUGGCUCUCUACAUCGCCGAGAUUGCCCUCUUCCACAAGGAGUUCGUCUCCACCCGGCCAUCCGUCCUCGCCCGAUCCGCCCUUGCCCUUGCGAGAUGCGUCCUGUCCCGACCCCAAGCACGCAACACCGACUGGUCUGGUGCUUACGACCCUCAAACAGUCAUCGGUCUGUCCAACCACCUGUAUCAGCCAUCCCCGGUACUUUCCCGCAAGUAUGCAUCCAUGCAUCUGUCCACUGUGUCCGCCACCGUCGAGGAAUUCCUGCAAAGACAAGCGCAGAUCGCGCGCCGCCAGGCUGCCCCUCCUACACCACCCCCGACCGUCACCAUCGAGGAGCCCAAGCCCGUGCCCAAUGUCAACGCUUACCCGCAGACGCCCAACAAGAACCCAUACAGCUCUGUCAUGCAGAACGGAUGCCCCACCCCACCGAUUACGCCAGAGGGUGAGCACUUCACGUAUGGUCAUGUUGUCAAGUCACAGCCUCAAUCCAUGUAUCCCACGACACCCACUCCGGAGCAUCAGUCCAACAUGCAACAUCAGGGUCAAUACUUCCACAACCAAUACCUCCAUGUUUAA